CAAAACAAAAUAAAAUAAAAUAAAAAACAGAAAAAGUAUAUAUAAUGGGUUUUGGAUUCCUUUGUGAUUGGAGUCACUUUUCCCUCUCACCGACGCAUCGUUCACUUUGUUAAGACAAAAUAUAAAUACAGAAAGAAAGGGCCUUUGAUGAGAGACCUUCCAAAAGAAUUCCAUUGAAUUAAUUGAAGAAAUGUAUACAUUCAAAGACAAAGUAACAGAGAAGCUUUCUCGUUUUCUUCCUCAUUCCACAAGCUCACCCAUCUCUUCCCCUCCUCCUCAAUCUCAAGAUCGCCAGGCCAAACAGUCUCCUAAAGUGGGAAAAUCAUUUUCUUCAUACAUUUCCAACAUUAUUCCUUCAGUAGGCUUUAAUGGAUCAGGAUCAGACAAGCAUCAACAUGAAUUCAAGCUAAUUCCAUCCUUACCUGUUAGAUACAAUAACCGAAACUUUAAACACCGUGAUGAGCCAUUGGGUAGUGAUGUAUCAUGUAAUGCAGCAAAUGACAGAAAGGGAAUUCAAAAUGAUCAUGAAAAAGACGAAAUCAUCGACAGCAUUGGCAAGGUGUCCAAGGGUAGCAGCACAAGUAGUUCCGAAGCAUUUGAAGAAGCAAUGGAUGAGCACAGUACCCAGAAGCCUUCACCUUAUCUCAUGGAUGACUCUGUUUUUAUUUCUGCAGACUUGUAUGAAUUCUUGUUUUCAUCAAUCCCGAACAUUGUUAAGGGGUGUCAAUGGGUGUUGCUUUACAGUACGUUGAAACAUGGCAUAUCACUUCGUACACUUAUCCGCAAAAGUGCUGAACUUCCUGGUCCUUGUUUGCUGAUUGUAGGAGAUAAGCAAGGGGCAAUUUUCGGUGGCCUUCUAGAUUGCCCGUUAAGACCUACUGCAAAGAGAAAAUAUCAAGGAACGAACCAAACAUUUGUUUUUACAACUAUAUAUGGUGAACCGAGACUGUUCAGACCAACCGGAGCCAACAGAUAUUAUUACAUAUGCCUAGACAACUUGCUUGCACUUGGAGGUGGUGGUAACUUUGCAUUGUAUUUGGAUGGAGACCUGUUAAAUGGAACCAGUGGACCAUGUGAAACAUUUGGAAACAUGUGUUUGGCUCAUAACCAAGAGUUUGAGUUAAAGAAUGUUGAGCUAUGGGGUUUCACGCAUGCGUCGCAAUACCUUCGUUGACAAGACUCUGAGAUCACUCUGUUCAUCUCCAUUUUUCUAAUUUUAUGAUUAAUUCUUUAUUCCUUUUCUUUCACCCUUUUUUACCAUUUAGAUGCUGGAGGGAUUUGGUAUUACUCUAUGGGUGAAUGAAUUGUUGUUAUAUAUAGUUUUGUUGUAGCUAAUUGUAUUUAUUGUUACAUGUUAUUCUUAUUUAUAUCCUUAGAAACAAGCUGUUAGUCUUACUUUUCUCCUUGAAAAAAUGUAUUCAAAUUCUCAAAUCACAUAACUUAAGGCAUUCUACUACAUAUAUAGUUUUGUUGCAGCUAA